GUCUUAGACACACUGUUGACUGUUCUUCCAGAGCACCUUUUCGCUCACCUGGAUGUUUCCUAACUCCGGCUCUUCAGUACGCAUGACAUUUCAUUCUCAAAAUUGGUAGGCUGCACCUCGACAACUCUUGACCGUCUGGGAGCGGGUCUCUACGUGCUGAGGUGAAUCUCUCGCAUCAAUGGAUUUGCGUAAACAGAUGUGGACAAUGCUAGCAGUGCUUUCUCUUAUCGUUCAACAUUCUCAGGCCAAAGUCCCCUGGGAAGUCCAACGAUAUGACGGCUGGUAUAACAACUUAGCUUAUCACAGUCGAGGUGCUGUUGGUUCCCCCUUGGUCCGCCUCCUGCCCGCGCGCUACUCUGACGGGGUCCUCCAGCCGCUCCAGGAGCCACAGCUCCCCAACCCGCGCAGGGUCAGCGAUGUGACGGCCAGGGGCCCCUCGGGCCUACCCUCUGCACAUAACCAGACUGUACUCUCUGUAUUCUUCGGGUACCACGUUGUAUUUGAGAUCCAGGACUCCCGUCCUCCCGGCUGUCCUCCAGAAUUUAUGCACAUCCCUGUCCCAGAGGGAGACCCAGUCUUUGACCCCAACCGUACCGGCCGGGUCCUACUGCCAUUCCAGAGGGGGCCCUGGGAAAAACACUCCAGCCAGAGCCCCAAUAACCCCCGCACUCAGGUGAACCUGGUGACAGCGUGGCUGGACGGCAGCUCUAUCUACGGCCCGUCUAGUUCCUGGUCUGACGCCCUGAGGAGUUUCUCUGGAGGUCUCCUAGCCUCCGGGGAGCAGUGGGACAUGCCCAAGAGGAGAGGGGGCAGUAACCUCAUGUGGAGCGCUGCUGAUCCCUCCACUGGUCAACAUGGACCUGAGGGACUCUAUGAGUUGGGUAACGGCUGGGCCAACGAGAAUGUGUUCACCAUGGCCGAGGGGAUCGUGUGGUUUCGCUACCACAAUUACAUGGCCUCCCGGCUGCGUGAGAAACACCCGUCGUGGUCUGACGAAGACCUGUUUCAAAGCGCCAGAAAAACCGUGGUCGCCACGUUCCAGAAUAUUGCAUUCUAUGAAUGGCUGCCUGGAUUCCUGGGGGAAAAGACAAUGUCUCCAUACCUAGGCUACCAGAAGUUUGUGGAUCCAGGGAUCUCACCUGAGUUUCAGGCAGCUGCCAUACGUUUUGCCUCUACGAUGGCGCCCCCUGGUGUCUUCAUGAGGAACAGAACUUGCCACUUUGAGAAGGUUGUCAACGCCGAUGGGAGCACGUCGCCAGCCAUUCGCCUGUGUAACAGCUUCUGGAACCGGCAGAACCCCAACCUGAAGUCCGGACAGGAUAUCGACCGUCUGAUUAUGGGCAUGACCUCGCAGAUCGCAGAGAGAGAGGACAACGUCAUCGUGGAAGACUUAAGAGAUUAUAUGUACGGGCCUCUGCGUUUCUCGCGGUCGGACUUGGUGGCUCUGACGGUGCAGAGAGGCCGAGACUUUGGCUUGCCCAGCUACAACCAGGUCAGAGAGGGGCUGGGCCUGGUCCCUGUAGAGAGGUGGGGAGACGUAAACCCUCAGCUCAACAUCACCAACCCACAGCUAUUCAGGGACCUUGCAGACCUUUACCAUGGGGACAUUUCUAAACUGGAGUUGUUUCCUGGAGGUCUCCUAGAGUCUGUGGACGGUCCUGGUCAGGUCUUCUCCUCUAUCAUACUGGACCAGUUUAACCGCAUCAGGAAUGGAGACCGCUUCUGGUUCGAGAACACACAGAACGGUCUGUUCUCAGCUGAAGAGCUGCAGGCCAUUCGCAACACAACCUUUCAUGACAUCAUUACAACGGUCACCGGCGCGGAGGCUGAGGACAUACAGAGAAGAGUCUUCUUCUGGAAGGAUGGUGACCCUUGUCCCCAGCCCUCUCAGGUCACGACCUCUGAGCUCCACCCCUGCACCAACGCCACCAAGCUCAACUACUUUGACGCGGGGAGUAAAGCUGGCUUCGGCAUCCUAGUCAUCUGCCUGUUCCUCUUUCCCGUUGUGAGCUUCCUCAUGGCUCUUGUGGUGGCCUACUUCAGAAAGUCCAAGUUUAAGAAGUUCCAGAAGAGAGGAGGAGCUCACGACACAACAAAGGAGCCCCCUGCUGGAAUCACAGCCUGUGAGUGGCAGGGCCCUAAGAAGCCCUUACGUCCAGUCAAUCUGUUGGUGGAUGAUAAGAGGAGACUGCAGGUGUUUGACCAGUCUGGACCCGCUCAACGGUCACUCAGCCUUGGUUCCCAGACCCACCUGGACGUCCUGCUGUCCAGUGACUAUUACUGCAGGGCUCUGCUGAUGAAAGUACCCAAAGAGUAUGAUCUGGUGCUGUACUUUGAGGACGAGGGCCAGCGUGGAGAGUUUGUCCGGUAUCUUCGCUCUGAGGUGACAGACGACGGACAGGAGCUGGCGGUGAGGGACAUGACAGAGAAGGACCUACUGAGAGAGGCAGUGACCAGAGACCAGAGGACUCAGAUAGUUGAGACCUUCAUCAGGAGUGCCUUUGCCAAGGUCCUGGAGAUAGAGAGGGCUGGUGUCAGAGACCUGAGUGGUGCGUCCUGUAGGAAGACCCGGGAAGCCCUGCAGACUGAGCUGACAGGAACUGAGUUUGCCGACGCUCUGGGACUCAAACCAGACUCGCUCUUUGUCAACUCCAUGUUCACGCUGGCCGACAAGGACGGAAACGGAUACCUCUCCUUCCAGGAGUUCCUCGAUGUCAUCGUCAUUUUCAUGAAAGGUUCACCAGAGGAAAAAUCCAAACUGAUGUUCUCGAUGCACGACGUUGACGGAGACGGUUUCUUAUCAAAAGAGGAAUUUUCCGGACUACUUCGGUCAUUCAUAGAGAUCUCCAGCAGCCUCCUGUCUAAAGGCCAGGCUGAGGAGGCUAUCCAAGCCAUGCUACAGGCCGCGGGCUUCAACGACAAGGAACAGAUCACCUGGGAGGACUUCCACUUCUUGCUCCGGGACCACGAGAAGGAGCUGAAAUUUGCCCAGCUCAACAUUAAAGGGAUGGAAAAGGAGGGAGGAAACAGACUGAGUCGAAACCAACGUGUAUCUUUCAUCACCCCAGAGAGGAACGGCUCGCCCUUAGAAGGGGACACGCAGUUCUCCAGCAGCCUGGGGAAAGACGGACAAGAGCUUCGUAGACGACAAAGGAAAAGAUCGGGCCUCCAGAGUCCUAAAGUGUACGUGAAACCGAAGAAGGAUCGCUCCGGCAGGAACGCCGUCCAGCAGAAGAUGCAGCACUUCAAACGUUUCAUAGAGAACUACCGUCGCCAUAUUGUCUGUUUCACCAUCGUCUACGGCAUCACAGCUGGAGUGGCGCUGGAGAGAUGCUACUACUAUGGUUUGCAGGCAGACUCUUCGGGCGUGCCGGAGACGUCGGCGGUGGGCAUAGUGGUGUCGCGUGGUUCGGCGGCGGCCAUCUCCUUCCUGUACCCCUACAUGUUGCUGACGGUGUGCCGUAACCUCAUCACCCUGGGACGAGAGACUUUCCUCAACCGAUACAUCCCCUUCGACGCAGCUAUAGACUUCCAUCGCUUCAUGGCCAUGUCCGCCAUCUUACUCACAGUCACCCACUGUCUGGGUCACGUGGUGAACAUCUACGUGUUCUCGGUCAGUGACCUCAGCAUCCUGGCCUGUCUGUUCCCCAGGGUCCUAGCCAACAACGGGUCUGAGAUGCCGAUGAGAUGGUCGUGGUGGUUCUUUCAGACAGUUCCAGGAAUGACGGGCAUCCUGCUUCUGUUCAUCUUUGCGUUUAUGUACGUCUUCGCCUCACACUACUUCCGACGAAUCAGCUUCCAGGGAUUCUGGCUCACACACUACCUCUAUGUGGUUAUCUACAUCCUGACGGUGGUCCACGGUAGCUACGCUCUGCUUCAACAGCCUAGUUUCUACAUCUACCUGAUCCCUCCGGCUCUGCUCUUCCUCCUGGACAAACUCAUCAGCCUCAACAGGAAGAAGGUGGAGAUCCCUGUGGUCAAUGCUACAUUGCUGCCCUCAGGUGUGACCUUUCUGGAGUUCAAGCGUCCCCAGGGUUUCAUGUACCGCUCAGGCCAGUGGGUGAGGGUGGCGUGCCUGACGCUUGGCACCGAUGAGUACCACCCAUUCACCUUGACGUCAGCUCCACAUGAGGAGACCCUCAGCCUUCACAUCCGCGCUGUAGGCCCCUGGACCAGCCACCUCCGAGAGGCGUACACCCCCGACAACCUGGAGCAACUAGGAACAUAUCCAAAGCUGUACCUGGACGGGCCGUUUGGGGAGGGCCACCAGGAGUGGACGGACUUCGAGGUGUCAGUCCUGGUGGGAGGAGGGAUUGGAGUCACCCCCUUCGCUUCCAUCCUCAAAGACCUGGUCUUUAAGUCCUCCGUCAAGUUUAAGACCCAGUGUAGAAAAGUGUACUUUAUCUGGGUGACUCGUACGCAGCGUCAGUUUGAGUGGGUGUCUGACAUCAUCCGGGAGGUGGAGGAGCAGGACAGUGUGGAUCUGGUCUCUGUCCACAUCUACAUCACACAGCUGGCGGAGAAGUUUGACCUGCGAACCACCAUGCUGUACGUGUGCGAGCGUCACUUCCAGAAGGUGUGGAACAGGAGCCUCUUCACCGGCCUGCGCUCUGUCACCCACUUUGGCCGUCCACCAUUCGUCUCCUUCUUCAGUUCUCUGCAGGAAGUGCAUCCUGAGGUGGGUAAGAUCGGUGUGUUCAGCUGUGGUCCUCCUGGUCUCACUAAGAACGUAGAGAAGGGCUGCCAACAGAUGAACAAGAGAGACCAAGCUCAUUUCAUACAUCACUAUGAAAACUUCUAAACUUGUCCAACACUACUAGGGAUUUCUGCCCUUACCAGGGACAUACUAGGGGUUACAAUACACACAACACAUGUUACUAUGGGAAAUAAGAAUAUAAUAAUAAUAUAAUAAUAAUUACCGUGGGUAUCUAUGUCUUUCUUAACGUUGUUUUUUUGUACCGUGCAUCUGAAAGUAACAGGAUGUGUGUAUAUAUAUAUAUAUAUAUAUCUUCUAAAUGUAAAGUUGCUACACUACUGUACAACAAAACAGCACUGCUCGGGAUUUCUGUCCCUCAAGCAGAGAUGGAGAAUGCUAUAUACACACAACAUUGGGAUACCAUUUUUUAGAAAGAACAGUUUAUGAUUCAUUCAGACUAGAUUUAUGAUUUACAAAUGAUUUACAGUGAAAAUAAAAGUUGUAAUUCAACAAUAUAAUACAAUUAAAUAUGUUUCUCUUUCAAGACUG